AUGAUGAAGGUCGUGAAAUUUGUUACAGGCAAUGCAAAUAAAGUUUCAGAAGUUCAGGCGAUUCUCUCACAUCACUUUGCAGUAAACCUUCCCGAGUAUCAAGGAGAACCGGAUGAUAUUGUGAGAAGAAAGUGCUUAGCAGCUGUUGACCAUAUUGACGGUCCGGUAAUCGUUGAAGACACGUGCCUUUGUUUUAAUGCAUUGGGCGGGUUACCUGGCCCUUAUAUUAAAUGGUUCCUUCAGAAACUGAAGCCUGCUGGCCUUUAUCGGCUGCUCACAGGAUUUGAGGACAAAACGGCAUAUGCACUCUGUACUUUUGCGUAUUGUGAGGGCAAAGGAGAGCCCGUAGAAUUAUUCAGAGGGAGAGUCGAUGGGCAGAUAGUUGAGCCUAGAGGCGAAAAUUAUUUUGGAUGGGACCCUUGCUUUGAACCGAAAGGUUAUAAUCAGACAUAUGCUGAAAUGGAACGGAGUUUGAAGAAUAGUUUAAGUCAUCGUUUUAGGGCUCUGGAAUUGCUGAGAAAGCGUUUAUGCCCUGAUACUUUGAACCUCUAA